UUUCCCUGAAGUGAAAAGUGACUGAGUGUACGUGAAACGUGACGUGUCCACGCUAAAAUUAUUAUACAUUUGUUUCCGCGUAUUCCCCCCACCUUCGCCUGUUGUUGAUGAAAGCAAACGGGAACUGAAUGAAACGGCGAGUUUUAAACGACCAACCCUGGGACUCGGGACUGGACGGUGACCGAACCGGGCCGAACCGAACCUUCGGAUCAACAUGCCAGCCGCUGUUUGUGUUUUCAUUCUGACACUUUCGACACUAAUAGGAGUUGUAUCAGGAGUCCUUAGCAGUCCCACCAAUGUCCAGGUGACCUCCAGGAACCUGAACCUGAUCCUGAGCUGGGAUCCACCUGCAGACGCACCCAGCGGAUUGAUUUACACCACCGAAUUAAAGAGUUCUAUUGGAUUCCAAAAACCAGGUUGUGUGAACAUCACAACCUUUCAAUGUGAACUCAGCAAUUUUGGCAUCAGUUGGUAUGGGACAUACAUUGGGAGAGUCCGGGCUCUGCUGGGAGAAGAGGCCUCAGCCUGGGUGGAGAGUAAAAACAUCACUUUGGAUAAGGAGACCCUGAUCAGUCCUCCCAGUGUGUCACUCUUAUCCGUCGGUCAAACUCUGGAGGUCGGCAUUAAGGACCCAGAGUUUAAUAUCUCCUCUCUGAGGAACGUGUACAGCAAAGUCAGCUACAACAUCACCUACUGGAAGGAAGGCCAGGAGGAACAGGCGAGAACCCACAUGAACAUCAAACAGGACCGGGUCGUUUUAGACAACCUGGAUCCCUUGACCAAGUACUGCGUACAGGUCCAAAUCAUCACCUUCGGAAACAAGAACCCCAGCGAGCCCAGCGUCGUCCUGUGUGAGAGGACCAGAGACACCGACAACUCUCCGGUGGUUGCAGCUGUGAUCGCAUGUGUCGUCAUCGCGGUGGCUGUGGCUGUAACAGCGCUGGUCGUAGUGAAAUGGAAAAGUAUUUCCCAUUUCUUAUGGCCAAAGAAUUCUCUUCCGCGGGAUUUUGAAAAGUUUCUGCUGGCUACACCAGAGUCCUCUGUUGUUUUAAUCACGCAGCCCAAGGAGGAGAUCGCCCCGGUGAGCGUCGUUACAGUCGAGGAAGGGAGCCCUGAAGGCACAAAAGAGAGCAGCUACUCCAAACAGCUAAAUGGCACAAUAGGGGAUAGCUGUUUACUCUGAGAUUAGGUCGACAUCCUGCGUGUUGAUGUGACUGCAGACGACCACAAAGACUCAAUGAAACGGAAGAUUGUGAUUUUGACACAAACUCCUGAACAAUGUGAUUGUAAACGGAUAUAUGCCGUCAUCUUACAAACUGUUUAUUUACUGUACCUGUAUUAUAACUAGGUUUGUUAUGGUGACAUAAAGUGAACAGAACAAAACAGAGGAAAUAACUACAAAUGUCCACUACAGAGGAAAAAAUUUUAACAUUUAAAUUCUGCAAUAAAAUACAGUCAAAACACUUCAUAGAAUGUGUUAUUAUGCUGCUAAGAGACUUAUUCAGAAUAUGCCAGCAAAAUCUUAAACCAAAAUUUGCACAAUAUAAAGGAUUAUGUACUUUUUCUCUUCCCAUGAAAUGUGGUUGUACUGAAGGACAUCAUUUUUCUCUGAAUGAGGAAAGGGAAGAUUGAAAAGCCCCACCCCUUCACAUUUGGUAACUGAAUUUCAGCUUACAACAUCAGUGUCCUCAGUCGGAGGCUUUUUUCAGAGCCACUGAAUUGCAGAUUGCCACAAGAGAUCCUUUCUGCCCAUUAGCACCUAUAACAGCUCUUAUAAUAUGAGUUACAACAUCAAAUUUCCCUGUGGCAUCAAUAAAGCAUUAAGAAUUAGAAUUUUAAUUUUAUUUAAAUAAUUAUUGAAAAAAUGUAUUAAAUGCUUGGAGUUACAAAUUUAUUUCAUCAUUAUUUUGUAAAUAAUGAAUUAAAACUGAUUUCCCUGUU